AUGUCCGUGACGGAGCUUGCCCUUCUCCAGUUCAAGGAGCCCUUGACCGAGGAGAUCAAGGAGCUCAUGGACUACUGCCAGACGGUCCAAGAUACCUGGGUCCUCCGCCAGAAACCUGGACUCCCUCCGACGCGUGUAGCUCGCGGCACCGCCAUUCUACAGCAGGUCGAGAACCCACAAAUCGUUCUUCUGGCUGCGCAAUGGGACUCUCCCGAAGCUCAUGGCGAGUGGAUCGUCUCGCCCGAGAACCAGAAUGUCAUGUCCAAGCUGACGCCGCAUAUCCACCGUGAGGGACCACAGUCGGUGCUCUUCUUCCACAUCGACACGCCCAUCUUUGUGAAAGCUAUUGCGAGCAAAGCGGCGUCUGAACCCGCACCCGCAAGUGAGGCCGCGAACCCGGACGGAAAGAGGGAAGAGGAACCGGCGGAGACAAACUCGAAAGACAAGGCACCGGAAGCUCCGGCAUCAGCCGUCGACGAAGAAAGCAAGGCAGAUGGCAAGAAGAAGGCCGAAGACGAGCCUCCCAACCUGCUGACGGCCCCGAUCAUCAGCGUCGGGCGCUUCGGAGUGCGGCCCGAACGAAAGGAGGAGUUCGUCAAGAAGUACGCUGAGGCCAAGUGGGUUGUCGAGGAGUCUUCGAAGCCGUACCCGGUGCGUGGCGGCUGGCGAAUCGAGAGAGCAGUCGACGGGCUCGAGGAAUUUGUCAUGUACUGCGGCUGGUCGUCCGUCGAGCAGCACAAGGCCAUUGCGCAGCAUGAGGGGUUCAAGGAGUGGGCAGGUAUCCAGGAGUUCGUGACGGGGACGGACAUCUGGCACUACAAGAGAAUCAUGUAG